UUCCUAUGAUUCUAAGUCGCAUUCCGUUGUUAAGCAAGAGGAAGUGGAGCAAAUGGUGGUCUGCGGGCAAGUUUCAGGUGAUCAACCAGAUUCACCCCAGGCCUCUGCUUGUGCAACUGAAAUUGGCGGGCGUCUCGUUAACCAGGAAAUUUCAACUGGAGAAAUACCCACGCCCCAAGAAGAGACCCCAGUAGCCCGAGAACAACCCUGUUUGGGAAGUAAUAGUGGUCUACAAGGAGCUCAGAACCAAUUGCCUGAAUUGGUGCCUUCAAUAGUCUUCUCACUUGCUUCCAUAAACAACAACAUAGAAGAAGAUUCUGAAGUAAGUCAAAACAUAUCAGCAACGCAGGAAGAACUCAUAAAAAGGGGAAAGCCCCAAUCGGUGGUUGCUCAUAAUGAAUCAGAGGUUGAACCUCUUCAAAAAGAGCAAACAUUAGUGGUCAACCUAAAAUGUCCAAAGGAGGGCAAAAGAACAGUAAAUGAACAGGCUGAUGUUACUCCUAAAACUACAGGGAAACGAAUACGUGCACCACGUAAACAACUCAAUAAAGGAAAAGCAUUUGAAGAAUCAAAAGGUGGCGACGCUGAGGGUAGUUCCCAGCCUGAGUUGCCAGGGCCACGUAGAAGAGGACGGCCGCCAAAGAAAGCCAAAAAUCAGCAACAGCCUAUGAAGGAAAAUGGUUCUCCGACUUUUUCAGUACCAUCUGUAGGCACAAGAUGUUCCUCUAGAAAGGGUAAAACCUCUAAACCUCAACAACUCUCCAUGGAAAAUGAAAAAAUCUUGAUUCAAACUCCAUCCACUGAAUCUUUAUCUUCAAUUGGAACAUUAAACCCUCCUGAAGAUCAGCCCAGAGAACGUCGUAGCUCUGUAACUCUUCAGGAUGCAAUGCUAUUAGUUGAAGCUAUGAAUCAGUCAACAGUGGAUAUGGCAGCACCAGCUAAGACCAAGAGUGCUUCUCAUGUGGGCAUCCUACAAACUGUGGACGAGGUCGCAGCAGAGCAACAGACACCACCGCUUCCUGUUGAGACAUGUAAAGCUGCAUGCGAGCUGGCUGUUACCGAGCUCUCCACAAAGGACCAAUCGACAAUAGAGAAACACAAUGACUCUCCUAUGAAUUCUGAUAUAACUUCGACCAAUGAACUUCAGUCCAACAUCAACUGUGUCCUACCAAAACAACAGCAUAAAGUAAUUCCAUCUAAACCUGCUACAUCUUCAAUUCCCUUAACAGAUGUUGCGGUUCAAAGCAUUAUGCGGGCACUUCAACAGCAAUCUUCUGCUUCUCCGGUAACAUCAGUAGCAACCAGCAAAACGAUCAAGUCAGUCUCUCGUAAAAUAAUUGCCAUGCCAAGAUCAUUAACCUUCUUAAAACCUCCUAAAAUAGGAGCACCAUCUCCCUCCCAGCCACCUACUGUUGCUGCACAGAAGAAGAGUAUACUUCCAGACUCCUUAACUGCCGGCUUGCUUCUCGGAACCCCUUUUAAAGCCUCUGCUCCUCAGACAACAGUAGACGCUGCGUCCGUGAAAUUGGUUUCUGCUGACCCUACACAGUCAACCACAACCGCAAAAGACUCAUUGUCAGGGCCAACACAACAGCCUCAAUUCACAAUAAUAAUUCCAAGAGAAGUGUCAGCUGUGGCGUCAAGGCUGCUUCAUUCACAGAACAUCAUUCCGCAAAUCAAGCAAGAUACAGCCAAAUCAGAUGCUUUUGUUACACUGCCAUCGCCAGAUUUGAUUUCACCUUCACAUGAGUUAAGGAUUACUGUGAAUCCACAAAUUGCUUCAGAGGAAGACGCCAAAGUGUUGUUUCAAAACAAGAGUGAAACAUUGGAACCAAUUUUAGAAUAUCCCCAACAAAUAGACUCAGUUUCUGAGCUUAUAAAAGCACCUACAGAGAACAUUCCCAGUUUAAACGCAUCAGAGGGGCCAGUGCCUACCUCUGUGCCUCCAGUGAUAACGCAAAAUGUUGCACAGAAACUCUCUGCCGUGGUCAGAUUAACCAGGCUCUCAUUUCCAAUAUCAGCCAAAGAAGCAGUGAAAGUCUCUAUACUGCCUACAGAUGGACCUUCUGAAAACUUGAAAGAAGGUAUCACAAAAGAGAAACCAUCAUCUGUGGUUAUGUCAACGCAGCCAUCAAAGACGAUUGUGUCAUCCACUGAGUUAUGUCCCGGAUUAAAAGAAACUCCUGUUGUUCUGCCUGUGAAUAUCUCUCAGACGGCAGAAAAGCCCAAAGGUAUUCAAGAGACGGCAUCAUUAUCCUCUGAAGGCAGAACACCUUCCGAGGUGUCAACACCAGACUUUGAGAACUCAACAUUGGCCCCCAACACAACACCUACAGAAAAUAAAUCAUCGGCUGACAUCAUGCAUCUAACUCCAAUCGCCACAGAGGACAUGUCAACUCCUCAUUCAUGGAUGACUAAAGCCCAGUUCCUUGCACAGCUGGCAGUGACACCUGUUACGAAAGACUCAACAAAGGCUUCCUCUGAGGACUCCAUGGAUUCCACAGCUUCCUCUGAAGACACCAUAACUGGUGACAAGAAAAGGUUCCACAAAAAAUCUAUUUUGGACAAGCUCCAAAGUCAUCUCAAAACUCGCUUGCAAACUCAAAGAUCUAAAAUUAAUCCAUGCAAAGAAACAGAGACCGGCGCUUUAAGGCCUAUAAAUCUUAGAUUAAAAAAUGACAGUCCAGCCAAUAAAAACACAACAAAAAAAUCAAUUUUCCUGAUGCCAAAAGACUCAGGAUUGGUUAAAGAUGUUACAUCUCCAGCCAGGAAAUCUGUUCACCCUGUUCCUGGACAAUCUGGACCUAUUGUUGGGUCCAAGAGGACUUUUAGUGAUCCACCGGUCAGUUCUAAGAGGUUUAAGGCUACUAGAGAGUCCACUCCUUUGACUCGCCGGUCUCCAGGUGUAGAUGUUGGCUCCACAACAAAAAAAUCCACUUCUCUGAGUCCUAGGAUGUCAAGCUUUACUAAACAAAGUGCUAGCUCUAAAACGGAUAAAUCAACUUCCACGUGUCCUAGAAAAUCUAUCUCAAUUAAAGAAAGUGCUAGCCCUAAAAACAGAAAAUCAACUUCUGUCAGCCCUAGGAAGUCUAGCUUAAGUAAACAAAGUGCUAGCUCUAAAACGGAUAAAUCCACUCCCCUGAGUCCUAGAAAAUCUAUUUCAAUUAAAGAAAGUGCUACCCCUAAAAAGACAAGAUCCACUUCUGCAAGUCCUAUAAAGGGUAGCUCACCUAAUGAAAGUGUUGGCUCAAAAAAGACUGACAGCAUUUCUGUGCAUCCUGGGAGGAUUAGUUCAACUAAAGAUGGCGCUAGCAAUAAAAGUUCUGAAACCACUUCUGUGGACUCAAAGAGGACUACUUUAAGUAAAACUGGCACUAGCCCGCAAAUUAUCUUCAAGGAGUCGCCUUCUUUCUGCCGUAGAAAAUGUACCUUACCUAAAGAUGUUACUACCAGUGCACAGAUUCAAGGGGAAACCAAUUCCUUCAGUCCUGGAUAUAGAAUAACUUCAGACGAGGCUAGUACUAAAGAGGUUAAGUUGAACCCUGGUUCCCCAAGUAUUAGGUGGCCUAAAUUGGCUAAAGGUUGUGUCAGUCCUAGAAAGACAAGGGAAUCCACUCCUGCAAAAAAAAAAAGAUUAAGUCCAGAUGUUACUGGUCCUAAAAAUAAUUUAAGAGUGGUGAGUGCUAACAAGUUGGCUAAAGCAGCAAAAGCCAAAACAAUGGCCAAAAUUAGAAGUUCCAGUCAAUCCAAGUUGCAGAAUGGAGCUAAAACAACCCAGUCAGCAGAGAACAGUGACACUGCGAAAAGAAUUACAGCUAAAGCCAUCUGGACUCCUCCUAGAGUAUCAGCCAAUAAAACACCUGCUGGGGAGAAGAAAGAGACAAAAUCACCCAAAUCCCAGAAUCAACCGCUAGUUUUCCCUCCAAGUGUUUCUCUCUUCCCUAUACCUGUCAGAGGACCUACUGUUAUGUCACCAUUACAGCCUUUAUCAGUCAUUGGUAGGCGUCUGCUCAAGAACCAGUGUGGGCAGUGCGGCCGUGUCCUCAGCAGCGUUGCAGCCCUAGAAAGCCAUGUUCGUCUCCACACUGGGCACCGACCCUUCUCGUGCACGCUCUGUGGGAAGGGCUUCCCAGACUCGAAAUGUCUCAAACGCCAUGCACGGGUUCACCGCAAUGGUAGGAUCCAUGUCUGCCCACAGUGCGGGAAGGGCUUUGUCUAUAGUUUCGGCCUCACCAAACACCUCAAGAUGGUGCACAGGAGGAUCAAGCCUUUUGUCUGCCAGAUCUGCAACAAAGGGUUCUUCACAAAACGAGAUGUGGAAGCCCACUUACGGAUGCACACUGGAGAGAAACCAUUUCAUUGCAACCUCUGUGAAAAGAAAUUCGCAAGGAGGGUAGAACUUAAUAUGCAUUUAAGGUGGCAUAAUGGGGAGAAGAGACACUGGUGUUCAUACUGUGGGAAAGGAUUUCUAGACUCCAAUAACCUGAAAAGGCAUAAGUAUAUUCACACAGGGGAGAAACCACAUGCCUGUCCUCACUGUGAUAAGAGUUUCAAGCAGUCAGGCCACCUGAAAAAGCAUGUCAAAAAUGUUCAUAAAAUCCCAUGAGAUGGACAUUAAUAUGCCACCCUUUUCUUCUGAGGAUGUUAUUGGCUUUAAGAAGGCUUCAAUAUCACUUCAUUUAAGGAGAUAAGCUCUUUUACAUUCUUACCAAGAGUUAAUUUGAGUUUAGUUAAAAAUAUUUCAACAAAUAAUUUCCUUUCAAUUUUGCGAAAGUACAAGUGAUAUCAUCCUUACUUGCAAGCUCACAUUAAAACAUUGGGACUGCAUUCGAAAUAACAUGAAUCCGCUAUGCAAAGGAUUGUGGCUGAGAAUAGCCAGAGAAGCAUUGCUGCAAAAGCAACUGGAUAUUGUAAAAAAAUGUAAAACUCUAAUUUUAGGUAUUCUCACAGCAGAUAUGUUGUAAUAUCACAUGAUUUUUUUUUUAAAUUAUUUAUUCAUUUUUCUUAUUUUAAUUGCUAACAAACAUAAAAUGGCGGAACUGUUACAUAAGGACUGGUUUUCCAUUUUCUUUUUGAACAUUUUGUAAAUACAAUAAAAGGCAAUUGUAAGUAUUUUAUCUGCUAGAUUUUGAUUCUUUAUAUUGUUUUUCUUUUAUUGCCUUGAUUUUGACGGCUGUUAAAAAAAAAUCAAUAUGGGUUAACAUUGUACUGCUUGGGCAAUAAUGUAACACCUACAACAACAAUUAAAAUUGUGCUUUCAUACUGGACAAGAAGCCAAUGAAGCCAUCCCUGAAAAAGACAAUGAAUGUACGGCCAUGGUUUUUAUAUAGCUCGGUAUGACCACACAUAUUUCUCUUGAGGUGACGAUUAAUUUUUUCAAAUGUUCUGUAUGGUCUAAACACGCCAAAAGAGGAUGUGUCCAUUUCCCACAAACAUCAGAGCACUGGAACACAACUUCAGCGUUUAUCUGUGUCCAUUAGUCGCAACCAAACUUUUUCUUUCAAGUGUUUCAAACAUUGUUUACGAAAAAAUACAGAUUUAAUGUUGUAGUUUUGCGGAAUUCUCCUUUUUUGAUUUUCUUAUAUUGCCAUUGCACAGGGUUUUAUUUUACAAGGGACAGAUUUCAUUUUAUAUCUUUUUGUAAAUGUAUUUUUCUGCCUGCAAUGUUCUGAAAGUGGAUACUACCCCUUGAACAACUCCCUGACAACAAUGGCCAGACUUUUUUUGAGAAUUCUAAACCUUUACUUUUAAUUUAUUUGAUUACUAUGUAUAUUUCCUUGGUCUGUUGUUUUUUCUGUCAUUGAGAAAGCAGAUAAUAAAUAUAGAGUUGUCAUAC